GGGCCCGAUAAAUUCGGACAAGUAAAAAAGAACAACAUAAAUUUCCACCCGCACCGGCGCUCAACAGUUUUGUUCUUAAUUAACCGCGAUGGGAGACAGUUCGGAUGAGGAAUACCUGGGCACGGACUGGCUGGCUUACAGCGAACGCUCCGACUGGAAGGAUGUGGAGCCGCUUGCCCAGGACGACGGUCCCAAUCCGGUGGUGUCCAUUGCUUACAGUCAAAAGUUUCGCGAGGUCUUUGACUACAUGAGGGCCAUAAUUGCGAGCGGGGAGAAGAGCCAACGUGCCUUGGACCUCACCACGGACGCACUGCGUCUGAAUCCGGCUAACUACACGGUCUGGCAAUACAGACGCGACGUCCUGCGCGAACUGAAGGCUGAUCUGUAUGAGGAACUGGACUAUCUGACCGAGGUGAUUGGGCAGAACUCGAAAAACUACCAGGUUUGGCACCACCGACGCGUCAUCGUCGAGAUUCUGAACGAUCCCAGCAAUGAGCUGGAGCUCACUGAGAACGCCCUGGUCAACGAAGGCGAUGCCAAGAACUACCACGCCUGGCAACAUCGCCAGUGGGCCAUUCGCAGCUUUAAUCUCUAUGACGACGAACUUGGCUUUGUGGAUCGUCUCAUUUGCGAGGAUCAGCGGAACAAUUCGGCCUGGAACCAGCGCUUCUUUGUGGUCAAGCAUUUAGGAUUCACGCCGGAACUGAUCCAGCGCGAACUGUCGUACACGAUGAACCGCAUUCGCAUCAUCAAGAACAACGAGAGUGCCUGGAACUAUUUGGUGGGCGUGAUGCGGCAGGGCGACAGUGGAAAUGCCCAGCUAAAUAGCUACCCGGAGGUAGUGGACUUCGUGGAGGAGCUCUACCAGGCCGGCAAUCGAUCGCCCUAUCUGCUCGCCUUCCUCAUCGAUCUGUACCAGGAGCAGGCGCUCCAAGUGAAGGCCAGCGAUAGCGAUCAGCUCGCCCGCAAGGUGUACGGUCUGUGCGAGGACAUGGCCACCAAACACGAUGUGAUUCGUCGCAAGUACUGGCAGUAUGUGGCCAACCAUCUGAAGAACCAGCUAAGCACGGUCGAGCAGAAGUAGCAGCAGUAGUCCAGGUUACAAAUCCAUUUUUGCUUAGUUUUAAGCCACAUACGACGUACUUAGGCCUUCUCUUUAUACAUAAAUAAAAUUUAAUUUACCGUCAA